GUACUGACGGUUCUGACGAUCGCCGACCCGAAGUCUGUAGACAGUGUAGUGAUAGGAGGGGAAACUCGGUUUCGAAGGAAAUUACGCUAAAAAUAUGGCUGUUCAUCUACUGAAGAGUGUUAGCCGUCAAACUUUGCAGUUGAAAAGACCCCUUUUGACUAGAUUUAGCUCCAGUCUUCUCAUUGAAGAUCCAAAGUAUGGAUGGUUAAAAGAGUUGGGGCUAGGAAUCGACAAUGACGGAGCGUUCACCGGAGAUCGAUGGGGUGGACGUGGAGAGGUUGUAUCAUCCAUCUGCCCUGCAAAUGGACAAGCCAUAGCCAGAGUCAGACAGGCCUCAAUGGAAGACUAUGAAACAGCUAUUCAGAUGUCACAAGACGCCUACAAAAUAUGGUCAGAUAUACCAGCACCCAAUCGAGGGGAGAUUGUUAGGCAGGUUGGAGAGGCUCUGAGGGAGAAGAAACAAUUCUUAGGAAAUUUGAUAACUUUAGAAGUAGGAAAGAUUGCAUCAGAAGGAUUGGGUGAAGUGCAAGAAUUCAUUGACAUGUUGGACUUCUCAACUGGUCUCUCCAGAACAUUAGCAGGACACGUUUUCCCAUCAGAAAGGCCUGGUCAUGCACUCCUUGAGCAGUGGAAUCCCUUAGGACCUGUUGGAAUCAUCACAGCCUUCAACUUUCCAAAUGCUGUCUUUGGUUGGAAUGCAUCUCUUGCCUUGGUUUGUGGAAACUCUAUCAUGUGGAAAGGAGCCCCAACAACACCACUUGUAAACAUUGCAACAACAAAGAUUGUUCAGUCAGUAAUGGAUGCCAACCAUAUGCCCCCUGGUCUUGUAACACUGCUAUGUGGAGGAGGGGAUAUCGGUGAAGCGAUGGCAAAGGAUACCAGAAUUCCACUUCUGUCUUUCACAGGAAGCACUCCAGUUGGGCAGAAAGUUGGCACCAUGGUGCAAGAUAGAUUUGGAAAGUCUCUUCUUGAACUUGGGGGAAACAAUGCAAUAAUUGUGAUGAAUGAUGCUGAUCUUGAUAUGGUUGUACCUGCCGUUCUCUUUGCCAGUGUGGGUACAACAGGACAAAGAUGUACCACUACUAGGAGACUGAUACUUCAUGAAAGCAUCCAUGAUGAGGUUGUCAACAGACUAAAGAAGGCCUAUGGUACAAUAAGGAUUGGAGAUCCAUUGGAUGACAACACAUUAUAUGGUCCCAUGCAUUCUAAACAGGGCAUGGAAGUGUUUAAGAAUGCUGUUUCAGAUGCUGUAGCACAAGGAGGACAAGUGGAAGUAGGAGGAAAGAUUAUAGAUAGACCAGGAUUCUAUGUAGAACCAACCAUUGUUACUGGACUUUCUCAUGAUUCUGAAAUCAUUCUAAGAGAAUCGUUCGCACCUGUUCUGUAUAUCCUGAAAACAAAGAGUUUUGAUGAAGCUCUAUCCUGGAACAAUGAGGUCAAACAAGGUCUCUCCAGCAGUCUCUUCACAAAAGAUUUAGGAAAGAUCUUCCACUGGCUUGGACCAAAAGGCUCAGAUUGCGGAAUUGUAAAUGUCAACAUUCCAACAAGUGGAGCAGAGAUAGGAGGAGCAUUUGGUGGUGAGAAGCAUACAGGUGGUGGUAGGGAGUCUGGUAGCGAUGCAUGGAAACAAUAUAUGAGAAGAUCUACUUGUACUGUGAACUAUAGCAAGGAUCUUCCAUUGGCUCAAGGUGUCAAGUUUGAAUAACUGACUGACAAAACGAUGCUGCAAUAGAUGAUUCGGAAAUACACCC